AUGGCCAACGAGAAACCCAAGGAAGGAGUCAAGACCGAGAACAAUGAACAUAUUAAUUUGAAGGUGGCAGAGCAGGAUGGCUCUGUGGUGCAGUUUAAAAUUAAGAGGCAUACACCACUUAGUAAACUAAUGAAAGCCUAUUGUGAACGACAGGACACACCUGCACAGUUGGAAAUGGGGGAUGAAGAUACAAUUGAUGUGUUCCAGCAGCAGACGGGAGGUGUCUACUAA